AUUCAUUUCAUGCACUGCCAAACUCACCUUCUUUCCUUUCAUUCUCUUUGCUCCGAAUAUCAAAUAAUGGCUCCCUCUCUUCGGCCUCUCUUGCUUCUUUUUGCAACUUUGCUCUUUCUGCAGACUUUAGCAGAGGCUGCAACAUGUAGUGACUGUUUCACUCAUUCUCAAGCGGCCUACUAUCCAAAUUCUGAUGAACAAGGAACAGACAGAGGUGCUUGUGGAUUUGGUUCAUUUGGAGCAACAAUAAAUGGUGGAGAUGUAUCAGCUGCAUCGAACCUCUACCGUGAUGGUGUAGGAUGUGGCUCCUGCUAUCAGGUGAGGUGCAUCAACAGUAAUUAUUGCACAGACAAAGGAGUAGUUAUUACAAUUACUGACCAAGGCUCUAGUGGUAACGCUGACUUUAUUCUCAGCAGACGAGCCUUUGGUCGGAUGGCUCAAACAACAGAUGCAGCUGCAUCACUCUUAUCACUUGGAGUAGUUGAUGUUGAAUAUAGACGUGUUUCAUGCAGCUAUCCUAACAAGAAUAUAACAAUAAAAAUUGAUGAGAAUAGCAACUAUCCUUAUUACUUGGCUUUCGUCAUCUGGUUUCAACAAGGGAAGCAGGAUAUUACUGCUGUGCAGCUAUGCGAGACUCAAAAUUUUGUCUGCAAGCUUUUGGACCGGAGUUAUGGAGCAGUGUGGACAACUACAUCUCCCCCAAGCGGACCAUUGUCACUGAGGAUGCUAUUCAGUGGUGAGGAUGGAGAUGAGACAUGGGUUGUUCCUGUCAACAACAUACCCCAAGAUUGGAAAGCUGGAGAAACAUAUGAUACAGGGGUACAAGUGAAUGUAUAGUCAUAUGAUGGACCAAGUCAGAUUUUUUACAAUACAAACAAGUCCCUAUAAAUUCUUAUGUGUAGUUCCUCAAUAUGUUUAUCUUAUUUUUAUUGUUUAUGGGGGGAUAGGGUUUAAUAAGAAAAGUUCAUGAAUGUAAUCAUUUCAAUGUUGACAAGAAUAAUUCCAAUAUCUUUAACAAAA